AUGUCGACCGCGGCGCUCGCGUCGACGUCCGCGCGGACGCGCGCGCGGCGGCCCUCGCGCGCGGCGGCGGUCGGCCGUCGCGCGCGGCGUCGCGGCGUCGUUCGCGCGAUCGCCACCGCCGCCGACGACGCCGAGGAGGAGGACGCCGUCAACUCGUCCGCCGCCGCGCCCGCGGAGAAGGAGGAGGCUGUCGUCGCGUGGGUCGUCCGCGCGGCGACGCGCGACGACCUCGACGCGCUCGUCGCGACCGCGGCGCUCUCCGGCGUGUCGUGGACCGCGUCGCAGAUCGAGGACGAGCUCGAGAACGCCGUCGCGCGCGUCCUCGUCGCGUCGGCGCCGGAGGAGGACGACGAUCUCGCCGACGACGCCGACGUCCCGCGCGCGUCGUCGUCGUCGUCGUCGUCGUCUUCUUCUUCCUUCGCCGGCCUCGCCGUCGCGUGGUCCGUCGCGGGCGAGACGCAGAUCCUCGAGGUCGCGACCGCGCCGUCGCGUCGCCGCCGCGGCGUCGCCACCGCGCUCGUGCGCGCGGCGCUCGACCUCAACCCGACGGGCGAGGCUUUCCUCGAAGUCCGCGCGUCCAACGACGCCGCGCUCGCGCUGUACGCCGCCCUGGGGUUCGCGCGCGUCGGCGCGAGGAGGGCGUACUACGCAAACCCUGUCGAGGACGCGGUGCUCAUGCGCCGCGCGCCGCCGGUCGUCAGCGCGCGCGAGCUCACGCGGUUGAUGGCGGGGCUGUCUCCGGCGGAGGCGAGGAAGCCGCCGCCGACGGCGAGGGGAGAGGAGGAGGCGCGCGACCCGUGGACGCCGCACCCGCAGGAUUUGCCGCGGGACCGGCCCGCGUUCGUGAGGCGCGAUAGCGGCGCGGAGGGCGGCGGCGGCGGCGGGUUUAAGUUUAGGAGCCGCAUAUCCAAGCGGUGA